UGAUGCUCCGUGUCCAUCUGUGGUCCAUCUGCCUGCUGCUUGGUCUGAUGUUUGGUGCACGCCCAGUAUAUGCUGGAACUACACGCACCUGUUUCCUCCAGGACCGGACCCCCCAUCCCAGGGGCAUCUGUGACAAUGUCCCUGAAACGAUGAGAAGGAUCUGCCGUCUGUUCCCGAGAAACGCGCGUUCCGUUGAUGUUGAUUCCGGCCAGGAGCUGGUGAAGUACCGAACGUCCAAGAAGUCUGCGCUCUCCUACCUGUCCAAGCGGACGGGGUCGCAGGGGUUUAUCUGUGAGUGCUGCUGGAACCAGUGUUCCCCCCGGGAACUCGUGGAAUACUGCGGUCAAUAGAAACGGUGACCACAAGAGUGACUUGAACUGCCCUUUCAACAGCAGCUCUGU